CUUCUUUCUCAUCCCGUCACUUUCUCCCUCCAUCGCACUUACCAUUGCCACUACCACUCUCUAAAUUCUGUAGCUUUUCUUAGUCAAUCUGUGAUGCAUCAAUCUAAAUUGUAUUCAUAACAAGCACUACAGCUCAAUUCAAUCUAAUUAAUAAAGAUCGGAAAGGGAAAAUUGACUGUAGAUUUCGAGUAGAUCUUUGUCUAUGUUUGUUGAAUGCUAGGCACUGAGUUUCCCUUUUAAGAAGGCCGAAAGCCCGCGUCCCACAAAAAUCAAGGGAGUAAAUAUGGAAUUAUCACUUACACAGCCUGAUGAUUGGCAUCUUCAUCUUCGUGAUGGUGAUCUCCUAGAAGCUGUCGUCCAACACAGCGCAAAUCAGUUUGGGAGGGCUGUUGUAAUGCCAAAUCUGAAACCUCCUGUCACUACUACCGCUGCCGCAGUCUCUUAUCGAGAAUCCAUACUGAAAGCACUCCCAACAAAGAGCGAUUUCACUCCUCUUAUGACACUUUACCUAACAGAUAACACCCAUCCCAAUGAGAUUAAGCUUGCUAGGGAGAGCGGGGUUGUUUUUGCAGUGAAGUUGUAUCCUGCAGGAGCCACUACUAAUUCUCAAGAUGGUGUUUCAGAUCUUUUCGGGAAGUGUUUGCCUGUUCUCGAGGAGAUGAUUGAGCAGAAUAUGCCAUUGCUGGUCCAUGGGGAGGUUACAAAUUCAGAGGUUGACAUAUUUGAUCGUGAGAAAGUCUUCAUUGAUACCAUUUUAAGACCAUUAAUACAGAAGCUUCCACAUUUGAAAGUUGUCAUGGAGAAUAUUACUACUGAGGAUGCCGUGAGAUUCGUUGAAUCCUGUAGUGAAGGAUCUGUUGCUGCAACCGUGACUCCUCAACAUCUUAUUCUCAACAGAAAUGCUUUGUUUCAAGGAGGAUUGCAACCACAUAAUUACUGUCUUCCAGUUUUAAAAAGAGAGAUCCACAGACAAGCCAUUGUAUCAGCUGUAACAAGCGGAAAUAAAAGAUUUUUUCUUGGAACUGAUAGUGCUCCUCAUGAGAGAAAACGGAAAGAAACUACUUGUGGGUGUGCUGGUAUUUACAACUCCCCUGUUGCCCUAUCUGCUUAUGCAAAGGUCUUUGAAGAGGCUGGUGCACUUGAGCACCUGGAAGCGUUUACCAGCUUUAACGGGCCAGAUUUUUACGGGCUCCCAAGAAAUACAGCGAAAAUCAAAUUAAUCAAAAAACCAUGGAAGGUACCUGAGUUUUAUACUCUUGAAGACGGAGGACAACUUGUUCCCAUGUUUGCAGGUCAAACCCUCGACUGGUUCCCAAGCACCCUUACAUGAUCCAACUCGCAUUAUUUAUUUGUUUUUGUUUUUGAUUCAUUUCCGUACAUUGUGAGACAUUAAUGUCACCACCUUCAUUUGUAAACCAUUUUCCAGAAACAAUCUUUUGUAGUACCGCCUACCUACAGUACAAAAUAGCAAGCUGUUGUCUUUGGAAGUCGUCCCAAAACAUACCAUAUAAAGAUCUAGAUAUUUUUGGUAGACAA